UGGACCUCCUGUCUCGGCUUCAUCAUGUCCGGCGUGGCGUCCUCUCUGGCCAAGAAGCGGGCCCUGGCCGCGGGGUUUGGAACCAAUGCCAACGCGGUGCGGUACCUGAACCAGGACUUUGCUGCGCUCCGGGCGCAGAGUCGUGCGUCAGGGACGCUCUUCUGCGACCCGACGUUCCCCGCGGCUCCCGAGUCUCUGGGCUUCAACGAGCUGGGCCGGAGCUCCCACAAAGUCCGGGGAGUUACCUGGAAGAGACCCACGGAGCUGGUCUCUAACCCCGAGUUCAUCGUGGGCGGAGCCACCAGGACCGAUAUCUGUCAGGGGGCUCUGGGUGACUGCUGGCUCUUGGCUGCCAUCGCCUCCCUGACCAUGAAUGAAUAUGUGAUGGCCAGAGUGGUUCCCACCGACCAGGGCUUUGGUGACGACUACGCCGGCAUCUUUCACUUUCAGUUCUGGCAGUUCGGUGAGUGGGUGGACGUGGUGAUCGACGACCGGCUGCCGGUCAAAGACGGAGAGCUGAUGUUCGUCCACUCGGCCGAGGGGAGGGAGUUCUGGAGCGCUCUGCUGGAGAAAGCCUACGCCAAGGUGAACGGAUGCUAUGAAGCCUUGUCUGGCGGUUCCACCACUGAGGGCUUCGAGGAUUUUACCGGAGGCAUCGCUGAAAAUUUUGACCUCCAACGACCCCCAUCCAACCUGUUCCAGAUCAUCAAGAAGGCUCUGGAGGCCGGAGCGCUGUUGGGUUGCUCCAUCGACAUCACAAGUGCCGCAGACUCUGAGGCUGUGACUCGUCAGAAGCUGGUGAAGGGACAUGCCUACUCCCUGACCGGAGCGGUUGAGGUUAACUACCGGGGUCGCCAGGAGAAGCUGGUGAGAAUGAGGAACCCAUGGGGACAGGUGGAGUGGACUGGAGCCUGGAGCGACGGCUCAUCUGAAUGGAGCCAUGUCCAGGGGGACUGUCCACAUGCCAACGCAGAGGAUGGAGAGUUCUGGAUGUCCUUCACCGAGUUCCUGCGUCACUACUCUCGUAUCGAGGUCUGCACUCUGACCCCCGACGCCAUCAACGACGAAUCCGUCAAACACUGGAGCGUCAGCAAGUUCGAUGGCACCUGGAGGAGAGGAUCCACCGCCGGAGGCUGCAGGAAUCACCCCUACACUUUCUGGACCAAUCCUCAGUUUGUGAUCAAGCUGGAGGAGGAGGACGACGACCCAGACGAUGGUGAGGUGGGCUGCAGCUUUGUGGUCGGUCUGAUCCAGAAGAACCGCAGGAAGCUGCGCAAACAAGGGGAGGACAUGCACACCGUCGGUUUUGCCAUCUACGAGAUUCCAAAGCAGUUCCACGGACAGAGGGAGGUUCACCUGGAUAAGAACUUCUUCCUAACUCACGCUCAGACGGCGAGAUCUGAAACCUUCAUCAACCUGCGUGAGGUCAGCACUCGCUUCAAGCUGCCUCCGGGGGAGUACCUGAUUGUCCCAUCUACCUUUGAACCACAUCUCAAUGGAGACUUCUGCAUCCGGGUGUUCUCGGAGAAGCAGACGGAGACAGCGCCCUGUGACGACCCCGUCAACGCAGAACUGGAGGAUGAGACGGUGUCGGACGAAGAGGUGGACUCUGGAUUCAGAAACCUCUUCUGUAAACUCGCUGGAGACGACAUGGAGAUCUCUGCCGUGGAGCUGAAGACCAUCAUGAACAAGAUUGUUGCCAAACGAACUGACAUCAAGACUGAUGGCUUCAGCUUGGAGACGACCAGGGUCAUGGUGAACCUGAUGGACGACAGCGGCAACGGGAAGCUCGGCCUCGGGGAGUUUGCCACGCUGUGGAAGAAGGUUCAGAGAUACCUGACCAUCUAUAAGAAGAACGAUUCGGAUAACUCUGGGACCAUGAGCACUCCAGAAAUGAGAGUUGCCUUCAAAGAUGCAGGUUUCACUCUCAACAACACCAUCUACCAGCAGCUGGUGGCUCGAUACUCGGACCCCGACAUGACCAUCGACUUCGACAACUUCGUGGGUUGUCUGAUGAGGCUGGAGAUGAUGUUCAAGAUCUUCAACAAGCUGGACCCUCACAAAAGUGGCUCCAUCGAGCUCGACUUCAACCAGUGGUUAAACUUCUCCAUGAUCUGAGCCGCAGACCGGGCUUCCAGCAACGCGCCGCCGCCAUAUUCCUGUUAACAGCCGCCGCCGCCGCUUCAACGUCUCUUUAUUGUCAGUCUCCCUGUAUGUUCACGGCAUUACAGAAAAAUACAAACAUGUUUCUGUCUCUCUCUCACACAUAAGAAUAUACAGAUCAGGAAAUUAAAAGGAGGAAACAAGGUAACAGAUUCCUGGAUCGAGAGAAAAAUAAAGUAAAUGAAUAAAAUCAGGAUAUAUAUCACUUCCUGUUGUUGCUAGAAUGUUUUAUACGACAGACGUCUGUUUUACUCUGUGACACAACCAACUGACAGUCCAUGUUAAGUCAAUAAAUCUGUCCUCGGAAAACUAA